CCAAGCCCCGGCUGCUCCUGCGUCGACUCGUGAGGCUCUACAGUCUCUCCAGGACCUGUCCAGACCAUGACCGACUACGCCGAGGAGCGCAGGUCAGAGCUCGAGGUGCUCGAGAGCAUCUUUCCAGACGAGCUCGAAGUCAUCUCGGACGAUCAGCUCGCGAUCAAGGUCGAGCCCGAGGUGCAGAACGAUCAUGAUCCCUACACCUUCAACCUGCUCGUCCACUACACGCCGACGUACCCGGACGAGCCACCCGAGCUCGACCUUGACGUGCUCGAGGGCGAGGUGACGGACGAGGAGAAGGACAAGCUGCUCGCCGGGCUCAACGAGUCGGCCAACGAGUCGCUCGGCAUGGCCAUGGUGUUCACGCUCGCUCAACACCUCAAGGAGCUCAUCGCCGACAUGAUGACGCAGCGCAAGGAGCGGAUAGCAAGGGAGGACGAGGAGCGGUACCGGCGAGAGGAAGAGGCCCUGGCGGCGAGGACUCGCGGCACGCAGGUCAACAAGGCGUCGUUCGCGGCGUGGGCGGCCAAGUUUGAGGCCGAGUACGCCGCGCAGCUGAAGCGCGAGGAGGACGAGCGGCUCAAGGCGCUUCCGCCGCGAGAGCGGGAAGAAGCGCGGCGCUGGGCCGCCAAGCUGUCCGGUCGGCAGCUGUGGGAGCAGGGCACGGCGACGCUCGAGUCGGACGCAGCGUUCGUCGACGAGGGCGACGAGGCGGUCGACAUCAGCCAGUACGAGCGUCGGGUCGACAGCGACGACGACGAGGUCGAGGACGCGGCGGGCCGGUUACGGUUGGCGGACCUGUCGGACGAGGAUUAGAGGGUGGGCGAGGACGGACGCUGCGGUGCAUCACGAGUGGGCGCAGCCUCUCUCG